AUGGAGUUGGGUAGCUUCCAGCUCUUCUACGUCGCCGCCAUCACCUUCCUCACCGUCUUUUUGCUCCACUCCUUCCUCGUCACCAAAAAGCGGCCGCGGCGACGGCUGCCGCCUGGCCCGGCGCUGGCGCUACCGUUCCUUGGCCACCUUCCCUUCCUCAAGCAGCCGCUGCACGCCACUCUCACGCGCCUCGCCGCGCGCCAUGGCCCGGUCUUCUCCCUCCGCCUCGGCUCGCGCCCCGCCGUCGUCGUCGCCUCGGCGGAGCUCGCCAGGGAGUGCUUCUCCUCCGAGCUCGACGCCAUGCUCGCCAACCGGCCGCGCUUCCCGUCCUUGAAGGAGGUCUCCUUCGACUACAGGGCGCUCACCGUCGCCAGCUACGGCGCUCACUGGCGCGCCGCGCGCCGCGUCGCCGUCGUGCACCUCCUCUCAGCGCGCCGCGUCGACCUCAUGUCCGACGCGGUCGUCGCCCGGGAGCUGCGCGCCCUGGUGCGCCGUCUCGCGCGCGUCGCCGCCGGUGGCGCGGCGAGGGUGGAGCUGAAGCGGCGGCUGUUCGACCUCUCCCACAGCGUGCUCAUGGAGGCCAUCGCGCGGAGCAGGAACACCUACUCCGACGACGGAGCGGACAUGUCCCGGGAGGCGCGGGAGAUGAAGGACAUCGUGGACGCCAUCGUGCCGCUCGUCGGUGUCGCCAACCUGUGGGACUACCUUCCGGUGCUGCGCUGGCUCGACUGGCGAGGCGUCAGGCGGCGUCUGGCCGACGCAACGAGCCGGAGGAACGCCUUCAUCUAUAAGCUCAUCGACGGGGAGAGGCAGAAGCGGUUGAACGCUGCUGCGGAUGCCGCCGACAAGCAGCAGGAGGAGCAGGAGCAGAGCAUGAUCGGCGUCAUGCUCUCGCUGCAGAAGUCAGAGCCCGAGCUGUACACAGACACUUUCAUCGCCGCCCUUGUCGCAAAUCUUCUUGGCGCCGGGACGGAGACGACGUCGACGACGACGGAAUGGGCGAUGGCGCUCCUGCUGAACCACCCGGCGGCGCUAAAGAAGGCACAGGAAGAGAUCGACACGCACCUCAGCCUCAGCGGUGAGCCGAGCCGCCUCCUGGACAAGAAGGACCUGCCCCACCUCCCUUACCUCCACUGCAUCAUCAGCGAGACGCUGCGGCUGUGCCCCGCCGCGCCGCUGCUGCUGCCACACGAGGCCGCCGCCGACUGCAAGCUCCACGGGUACGACGUCGCCGCGGGCACGAUCGUGCUCGUCAACGCGUACGCCAUCCACCGCGACCCGGCGGCGUGGGGACCGGCGCCGGGGGAGUUCAGGCCGGAGAGGUUCGAGCAUGGCAGCGCCGAGGGGAAGUUCAUGAUACCGUUCGGGAUGGGAAGGCGCAAGUGCCCCGGGGAGAGCCUGGCCAUGAGGACCAUGGGCUUGGUUCUUGGCACGCUGAUCCAGUACUUCGACUGGACAAGGGUCGGGAAUGAAGAGGUCGACAUGGCCGCGAGUUCCGGGACCGUCAUGUUCAAGGCCGUCCCUCUGGAAGCUCUCUGCACACUGCGAGCCGGCAUGGAUACUCUUCUUCAGAAGCUGUAA